CAGUGACGCGCCCCCACUAUGUUCGUUCUGUUUAUCGAACUGGCUUCGUUGCUUGGUAAACUAAAAAUCCAAACAGCAUAGUUUCCGUUCUAUGUAUUCUUUCCUAUUUAGACAAUUUAGUUUUCGAAACAGUGAAACUCCAUUUUUGAUCUCCUGGGCAUAGUCAGCCAUUUAUUUUAUAGAUCUAGUUUAAAAUAUUUAUUGAGCAGCUAACAGUAUUUUACCUAUCAGUCUACCGCAAUACCGUAUUUUACCAAUCGGAAUCUGCGUUUUCUCAAGCGAUCUCAUUGCGCGUAAUAUCACUGCCAAGUGUCAACAUCACCUGAUCUCUCACCGUGUGAAAACCCCAUCGCUGCACGCAUCACGUGCAACAGCAGCUUGUUGUGUAAUAAGCGUUUCGUUACAUCGUGGAGCGCAGGAUGGAGGAGGAGAAGAACGCGGAGCGUCGCGAGCAAUCCCGUGAUCCGGUCCUGAACAGCGCCUUCCAGGGCUUAUCCCUGCGCAACGAGGAGUUGGCGCGACAGGGCUCCUCCAGUACGGAGGAGAGCAGUGAGGAGGGUGAGGGUGGGGAGCUGCCCGACAACCUCCUGCAGUCCUUCUCCACGGGCGGGACGGAUGAUCUGGAGCUGCUGCAGAAGGAGUACGAUAUGCUGUCUAGCAGCAGUUUAGCCGAGACAUCCGAGGAAUUCUCAGCCGAAGGGCUGGAUGGGGAGAUCCUGAACGGUGUGUACUUCGACAAGCUGGAGUUGGAGUUGAGCGCCAUCGAGAACGCCAUGUCGGACUUCGAGGGCCGUCUGGAUACGCUGCGCGCCCAGGCCCAGGAUCUCCUGCUGACCCUGCAGAAGGAGCGCUCGGCGUCCCGCGGAGAGUCCUGCGACGAGAAGAUGGCGGACAGCGCGCCGUUGACGACGCCGCUGGUCGAGCAGGGACACGGCGAUACUGCUUGA